GGGGACAUUUACCAGAUAUUAUUAGAAAUAGAAGAAAUUACAAAAUCAAGGGGACCAAACCUUACUUGAUAAAGUCAAAUUACAAUCUAAUAGAGGGAAUACCAAAAAAAUCCAUCCAAAAGGCUCUUUUUGCAGGAGUAGGAAGCUGAUCCAGUCCAGAAAAAACCUUUAACCCGUCCGUCUGGAAUUGGGCCAUAUGAUGCGCAGCCCAGUUGCAUUCCCUUUUCAUCUGUCCGAAAUCCACCCCUUUCCUAAAAGCUAGGUCUGUGACUUCCUGAAUAUGAAUCGCCCAUUUACUCUUCUUCUUGCCCACAAUAUACUCCAUAGCCAACGUAGAAUCUGAUUCCACCUGAAAAAUCAGCAAGCCCCUCCUCCAUCGCCCAACGAGUAGCGGAAAGGAUGGCCUUCAAUUCAGUCUCCAAGGAGGAUGUUGCACAUACCGGGAAGCAAAUCGCCAUUACAAAUCCUCCUCUUCGGUCACGUAGAACAGCUCCUCCUCGAGCCUUACCAGCUAAGUAUCCUGCAUCCACAUUAAUUUUCCAUUUCUUGACUGGCAACUGCCAUUUGAUAAUCUGAGGUUUAUAACAUUGUAAGCAAAAAUGUUUAUGAAUCAAGCCCUCCUGAAAAAGAAUAUCUCCUGUAAUCCGAAUCUUGUGUGUAGGCAAAGUAGCAACCCAACUCUGGGUAUACAUCUUAACUUGGAGGAUGAUAUAAUUAGGGUUAGAUAUUCCACCCCCAGAACCCCAAAUAUGAUUGGUGUACUCCUUCCAUAUUGUCCAACAGAUAAUCCCAGGCAAACUCUGUUUAAAAAAAUCAACCAAACUUAUAGGACCAUUUCGCAAUUUCCAAUAAUGUAAAUGGCUAUAAUCCACACCAGGUGGUUGAUAGAUACCAAAAAUACUGAAAAAAUAUCUCCACACCUCUUUAGCCACUUGACAUUGAUAGAACAAAUGUUUCAUAGAGUCACUAUGACAUCUGCAAAGGGGACACAUUGAUGGAUUUAACACAAAGUGAAAUCUGCUAAGGUUAUCUGCAGUGGGCAGAAUACCCUUAACAAUUUUCCACUGUAAAAUCUUCAUUUUUAUUUCAGUCUUGGCUUCCCAAAUUUGUUGAUAAACAGGAUAGUUGAAAUCUAAAUCUCUUACUUCCUCAUAAGCAGAUUUAAUAGAAAACUGACCAUCAUUUUCUUCAUUCCAGGAUAUCUUUCCAGUUUGGUCCAUGGUACACAAUUCUGACCCAAGAGCAUCAGCAGAGCAAAUACGCCUCCAAAUAGCAGAAUCAGUGAUCUUAGGUAUCAUAUUAUCAUUUCUUCCAUACCUAGAUUUCAUAAUCUGAUUCCAAAGAGAGACCCCAGUUUUCCAUUUCCACCACAAUUUGAGUGUGAAUGCCUUUUAACAUAGUUUAUUCCAUUUAAUACAAUGAUGUUUCUUCAUGUCAUUGGCUGAGCCCCAGAAAAAAGAGGACAUCUUACUAUUAAGCACCUUAAUUACCUUCUUAGGUAAAGUAUCCACAGCUAAAAUGUGUAGAAGAAUAGAAUUAAGCACAUGUUUUAUAAGAAUUAAUCUACCCCUUGUGACAAGUUAUUUUGUUUCCAAGGAGAAAGUUUGCUCUCAAACUGUGUGAUAAUAUUGCUGCAAUAUUCAAACCUGUUUAUCCCUUUGUGCAGGUUAACACCAAGGUAUUUCAUGGGUAAACUGGAAAGCUUCAUACCCAGGAGGUCCUUGAUUUUAGAUUGUCUUGCUGGAGGAGAUUUCCCACAAAGAAUGGAACUUUUCAAAAGGUUCACAGCCUGCCCUGAGCAUUCCUGGUAAGAAUUCAGAAUUUUUUUGAAUCUUAAUAAAUACCUAGAAUCUCCAUUAAGCUGAAUAGUGUUUCCACCCCUAUUCAGCAUAAAUAUCUCACCAAGCUAUUGUGCAAUAAUUACAAAAUCGAACAUAAAAAGGGUUUGAGAAUAAAGUGGAAGAUGUUAUAUCAAGAAGAGAUCAUCAGGAAAGUAAUAUAAUGGGGAUUGGAUAUGUGCUAAUAUAGCAAUCAUCAAACCAUUUUGGCAAGAGGAGAACUAUCAAGGAGAUAGUGAAGCUGAAGAAACAAUUUUAUAGCUAGUGUCCACACCUUAUAACGUGACUUAAGUACGGCUUGUCAUCCAUUAUAUUAGAUGCAUAAGAGCGAAAGGAUUCUUAAGGACCGGAGCAAAUGAUUUUCCUUGGUCCAGUGGUGGUACAACAAUUGUCAUCACACGACAAUUGGGAUGAGUCCUUUUGGGGCUCUUUUUUGUUAUAAACCACCCAUGAUGGAGAUAGGAUCAUAUGGAGAGAUUUCGAUUGUGCAAGUCGAAUAUGAACCCGCUCCUAAAAACUUGAACAUGAGCUCCAAGUAUCUAAAUACAGGAUGAAACAAUUGGUUGACAGAGGUAGCAGCGAAAGAUAAUAUGCAACAGGGGAUUGGGUUUAUUUGAAACUCAAACCUUAUAGGUAGAUGAACAGGAGAAAUCCGCUAUAUGGAAACUAAGUCGUAAGUAUUGUGGACCUUUUCCCAUUAUAGAAAAAAAUAAGAGUUGUGGCCUACAAAUUGAAUCUACCUGAAGGGAGUAAGAUACAUCCAGUUUUCCAUGUAUCCUUGUUAAAAAAAUAGGUAAGUUACCAAUAACAUUCCUGCCAUGAAUCAAGAAUGUGACACUUUGUUGGUUCCUGCUAAAGUUUUAGCUAGAAGGAGUGUUAAAAGGAACAAUGAUGUUGUUGUUCAAUUAUUGAUUAGGUGAAAGCAUUUACGAUCAGAUAAAGCUACAUGGGAAGACUGACAAAAUAAUAAAGUAAUUUUCUAAGAUUAAAGGUUAGGGACAAGCUUCAAAGUAAGGGAGGGGCAAUGUCAACAUUAAAUCUUUAGUGUUGAACUAGAUAAGUUGCGAAUCCAUUUACUUCAUUUUUAACGAAGUGUAAUAAAUGAGAUGGUGACUCCUCCUCAUCCCAUCCAGGGUUAGAAAUAGUUUGAUAGUUAGUUGUUGAUACUAAUAUGUAGUUGAGGGUUGUUUACGGAGAAGGCAACUUUGUUAGACUGUUUGGACUUUGGCAUCCCUUUUGAGAAGUAGGGUUUACUAUUAUUAUCUUCUACAGUAAACGGUUGAAUUCACUUGUUGUGUUCAUUAAUAUUUAGAUUAAGAGUCCGUUUGGUUACCCGUAUUUUAAACUUAUCAAGAAUUAUCAUUCAACUUUUUCACCACAGAUGUAACUUUUGAUUUUCGUGUGCGAAUCGUUUAAUAACAAUUAAAAUAAACCAGGUUUGAGUUGCUUUUCUAGCUAAAAUUGAUUGAAGUUAUUCUAGAGGAUCAUUUUAGCUAUUUAAAUACCUCAAACUUUAAUAAGGUGUGAGAUAAGUACCCCAAACUUGCAUAUGUAAUAUAUAUACCCCGAACUUUAUAUAAAAAGUCAUUUUCACACCAUGAUCGCAUGUUUUUCAAAAAAACACAAAUGUAUUAGAAUUGUUGCAUAGUUUAAAAUACUUUGCUUUGUUAGAAUGCAUUUAACAUUCCAAAAUUUCAUCUGUAAAAUAAAUAAUAUUACAUCCAAUCCAGAUCAAAUCAGACUUGGAUAAUUAUAAAAUACACAGAGACCAGACAUUUAUCAGACCAGACCAAACCAGAUCAGACAAGAUCAGACCAGAAAAUUUCAGUCUAAGUAAAAACAUCCUUGCUGUAUCCAUUAUAUUUUGGAUAGUUAAGUACGUAAUAGUUAAUAAAUUAAAUAAUUAUUUGGGAGCAAUUUGGAUGGUGGUAUUAUUCAAAGUUUCAAACAAUAAUAAUUUUUAGAUAAAAACAUGAGCUUUUUAUUUUAAUAUUACUAAAAUGAAUGAAAAAGACAAAAAUGUGUCAUGUUUUAAUUUUUUUCCGAAAAGUGACUAAAAGUCAUUUAUUCCUUGUAUUUAAUCAUGCAUUUAUUAUUUUAAUAUUCCUUUUAUAUACGAAGUAUUUGAUUAGUAGUUCAUAUUUGCGCCAGUCACUAUCCUAGUGACUUCUGGUCACUGAACAGUGACUCCACCCAACUCCGGUUACUAGCCCGUGACUUCCACUCAACUCCGAUCACUAAUCCGGUGACACAGCCACAUUGAUACCACUGCAAGUGGCAUCCACACACACAAGACUCCAGUAUCCUAGCACCCCAGCUCUGCCUCGCCAGCCCCUACCCCUGUCCCACAGGCCAACCCUAGCCCACCCAAUUCAAAUGCCUAGAUCUGCCCUCGCCAGCCCACCCAGCUGGCCUCACACCUCAACCUCAGCUUCCGACCCAAGCCCCCCACCGCACCACCGCCUGUAAACCUAGCCGCCAGCUCCCCUCAUCCUAGCUUUAACGACCGCUAAAAUCAUAGAUCUGGACGACCUAUAUGGAGAGGCGGAGCAGAAAUCUGGACAGCGAGUUAGAUCCAUGAUCUAUACGGCUAACGGAAAGGGCGGCGCGACCAGUGAUGACGGGUAGGACAAGUAGGGGCGAAGAAGAAUGAGAAGAAGAUGAAAGCCAUGAAGACGGUGGGGCGUCGGGGCGUCGGGGACUGGAGUGCGGUGGGGGCGGCGGGGACUGGAGUGCGGUGGGGGCGGCGGCAGGUUGAGAGAGAUGAAGACGGCGGCGGCAUGCGUCCAAUGGUUGAGAAGAAGUCGGUGUUGGUUGCGUGACUUGUGUCCGUUCCAUCAUAGAGUUCGUAGUGUCUGUUACGAGAGUGAGAUGGGCCAGAGACUGGACCGUGUAAAUCACAUUUUGAAGAAACAAAUAAGGGUCAUAUUUCCGUCAAAAAUGCUUGGGUUACAUAACUUGUACACAAGUGUACAAGCUAUAAAAGCCCAAAAAAAAAAGCUCCCCAUUUGUUUAACUCAUCUCUCUCUUUAUUUUUACCCUCCCCAUCCGGCACUCUCUCUUUCCCUAUCUCUUCUACGCUCCUUCCUCUCUCUUCUUUUUCUCUAAUUUCUCCACCAUUUUCACUCCAUCCAUCUUCCAUUUUAGGUUAGCUCACCAGCUUGUUUGAACACCUCUCCUGGAAGCCUCCAGCAUACUCGUCCCACACUCCAUGUCCACUCAUCACUUUCUAUUCCUCUCAUUUUAAAGCUCAAAUUUCUGAAAGGAAGCUCAAGGUUUCACCUUUUAAUGAUGGAUGAAUCUUUCCAAAAUCAUUAUUAUUGAGGUCUGGGGUCCACUUCAUUUAUUAAAUUUGGUUGGCUUGAAUUUUGUUGGAACCAAUGAAAGAUUCGACAUUUGCUUUUAAGAUUUUGUUGGGUCCGAUGUAUUGGUCAAACGAAUCAGUUUAGAGCAUUUAAUGAAGUAGUUGGGGGUUGAGCAAUUAAUCUGGUAGUUGGGUGUUCAAACUUAUACAUAUCAUUUGCCUAUAAAAGCUGACAUACGGAUGUUUUCAAACCAACACACCCUUCACUCCCUUCAUUCACUCCCUUCACUCAACAUUCACUCCCUUCACUCAACAUGGCAACAAACCCUAACGAAAUUCCCAGAACAUUGUACUCAAUGAUCAGGGACGUUGAUCAUACCAGAUCAACAUAGGCACUCAAAGUUCGAGUUGUGAGGGCCGUGGAAAUGUCUGCCCAAACUAAAGGAGGUCCAAGAAUGGAGGUUGUUUUCCAUGACGAGGAGGAUUGUAGGGUGAAAAGAUACAUGCAUUGAUUAAGAGACCCCUUAUGCACCUGUAUAAAUCGAGGAUGCUGGAAAACCAAUGUUUUAGGAUAAAAAACUUUUUGGUGCUCGACAAUUACUAUACGUACAAAACUACAUCGCACCCAUAUAUUCUGGAAUUUAUUAAAAAAACCGCAGUUUUCGACCACCCUUCAGAAAACUUUCCGAAUUUCAUGUAUGAUUUUCAUCAGUUCGACAUGCUGCAGAGCCUAAGGGUUGUGAACGAUAAACUGUUGAUAGAUGUAAUUGGAAAGAUUGUUGGAAAAACACCUCCACAGACGCAUGUGAUAAAUGGCAAGCCAGAGCGUCUCAUAGAACUAACUUUGGAGGAUCCCGAGGGUAACCGUAUACGAGGCACGCUAUGGAACAACUACUGCAAAGAAUUCUGUGACUUUUACGCAGAGCACAAGAAUGAAGCAAUUUACAUAAUUCUUCAAAUGUGCAGACCAAAGCGUUACCAAGGAUCGGUGUUGGUGUCUACUUCCUACGACAUAUCUAAGUUGAUCAUGAAUGGAACGUCAACAGAGUUUGAGGACUUCAAGGCACAAUUUGGACCAGAAAAUGAGGAGGUAGCUACAGUGACCACUUUCACUGGAAAUAGCAUAGGCCACGACAUGGAAGAAGUACUGAGAGGAAAUGCAAAAAUCAUACGGAUAAGUGAAUUCUUGGAUGAUGCAAAGGAUGGCACCUAUUGGAUUUUGGGAGAUAUUGUUUCUAUCGACAACUACAGAGAGUGGUGUUAUCUAAGCUGCCCUACGUGCAACAAAAAACUCCAGCCCGAAGAGGACAGGUUUAGGUGCAACAAUUGCAACAUAUCUCUUCCAGGAGGAACCCUAAGGUAUAAAGUUCCCGUCUGCAUCAUGGAUGACUCCGGACAUGCAUCCUUUACCCUAUGGGACAAGGAAUGCAUUGAAGUGACCGGAAAAACAGCAGCUGCCAUCAGAAAGGAAGUUGAAAAGAAAACAGGAGAUGCUCAACAUUUUCCAGAGGAUAUCGAGGCACUGAUAGACCAGAAGGGACUCUUCAAAGUCCAGGUCAAAACCAGAGCAGAAAGUUCAUCCUAUCAAGGACCUCUUUCUUAUGGGGUUGUCGCCAUGAUCAGGGACCCUACGAUUUUGGCGCUUUAUGCUAACGCAUCUGAACAAGCAAAAGGACCGGAAAUUUUAACUGAAGAGGAAAAGAGUGGUUUUGAUGCUAAUGAUCACUUGGAGGAAGAAAAUGACAACGGUAUAAGAAAAGGUCUUUCCAUAGACAAGGCAGUCAUGACAGAAGAUGAGAAUGCUUCUACGCCUAUUCAAGUUCAAGCAGCCGAGAUGGGAUUGGAGAAGGACAAGGAUAGAGUGGUGGAGGAAGCUACUGGAUCAGCAAAAGGGAAACGAGUUGUGAUAGGAGGGAAUGAUGUAGUAAAUAGGAACCUGCUUGAUCAGUUUUCAGCAAACAUCAACACCAACAAGAGAAGGAUCCGAGUCAAGCAGGAGAAGGCCUAAACAAUGUGACCAGAGGAACCGGCUACCUAGAACUCUAUUUUUCAGAAAUCAUUCUGCUACUAAAACUCUAUUUUGCUAAACUUAUUAUUUGGGCCUGUAAUAUUAACUAUAUUUUGCUAAACUUCGUGCUACAACUGUAAUUUUGCUAAACUUGGUGUUGAGACCUAUAAAUCCUAUAAUGCUUAACCUUAUGAUUUGUUAUAAUUUUGAAAAUGUUUUUGGUAUCUGUUUGGUCGUGACUAUGAUGUGCAGGAAAGGAUAAUUCUUAGACGCAACUACAUUUGGGCAAUACAUCACAGGAGAAGCCAAACGAGCAAAACUGAAAGAAUGUGAAAGUGCAACCUCUACAUGAAGCAGCAAAUAGUGUCAUUUGUAAUAUAUGGCAUGUUAAAGUGUAACAUUCUGGACAUGGAAAAUUAGUUCAGUACUGAAAUCAUAGUCAUACGAUGACAAUUUGUCUUAAAUAAAAAAAAAUAGGAUCACAAACGGGGCUAUGUAAAACAGUAUAGAAUUUUAAAUAAUAAAAUGAUUUAACAAAAAUAUUUGUAUCAAGUCCAGAUUUGGUUGGCAUAUAAACACUAUUUGCUACUUCAAUGUUUUGGUCAUUUCUGAUAUCAUGCAAAUAUGUACAACAGUUCAAAAAGAGGAGGUUAAGGGAUACAUACCUGGUGAAGAUUUGUUAACCUGCAAUCCUAAAUCUAAUAUAAUUAUUACAUACAAGGGCACCUAAAUUAAGGCCCCAAUUUCUACGAAUUACAUUCAUCAAAUACUAUAAAACAAAUUGAUUCAUCCUCAAAGCACCUGCAUUCAGUAAUAAAAACAGAGUAAGAAAGAAUGUUUGGGACAUAAAAUUAUUGUGUACAUAAAAUUUUAGAAAAAUUUCAGAAGUUAUAACAGGAGAGGACUUCUACGUAUAUUAAGGGAAAUAUGUACAUUUUUUUAAAGACAAAUGAUUUUAAAAACCACAGUAGGUUCACAAAAAAAAUCAUUUUAAAAACCACAGUACAUUUCUUGGUUCACAAAAAAACGUGUAGCAAAAAUAGAUUAUCCUCAUACAUUAGAAGCAAAAAAACAUAGUAAGUUAUUAUUUCAGGCAUAAGUGUUAUUUAACACAUAUAAAACUUCAGAAGUGCUAACAACAGUGGAUUUGAUUAAAAAUAAUAGAUUUAUUACUUUUAAUAAGUUGAGUAUAUUCUGGGGAUUAUAUAAAACCCAAAACAAAUGUGUUCAAAAUAUGAUUUACUUUAAGUAGUUGAUUUACUUUAAAAUAAAUACUUAAUGUGUGCUCAAAAUAAAUCAUACUUUAUUAUUCAGUAGAGUGAAUAUGGUUUACCAGAAUGUAUAAGAGAAUCUAUCUAGAUUAGUUGAAAAACAUAGAGGGAACAUUGGUUCAAUUUAUCAAAACUGAUCUGAGAUAAAGUCAUGUCCGAUUUACUUUAUAUCAUUCUAAGUUACCGAAGUCAUUUUACUUGGACUCAAUAUUAAUUGAAAGUAUAAAAGAACCUGAAUUUAUGUUUUUUACCAUAAAAUAUCGUAAUAUUUUGAGCACAUUUGAUAUUGGCCUAUUAUUGU